CCAUGAAAUACAAAUGUUACAUCGCAGGUACCAUAUUUUAAUUUCAACUGAGAGGCAACACAUGAAAAGAAAAUUAGAUGGACAUGCGCAAUAGAGUUACUAUGUUUUCGGUCGUGAUUUGCGGUGUGAUCAAGGAGGUUGUCCGAAAGGAGGUUUUUACUGCUCUGGUUGAUUGAGGAAUUCAUUGAGAGCAAAAGAAAUAUUUAAGGUCAACAUGUGUGACGAAGAUGAAAAUGAAUCAAGAAAAAUUUCAACUGAAAGUGUAAGCAGUCAUCAAGCUGUUCCAGAUGCAGACAAAGAGUUGGCCACUAUUGCAUUUCAAGAAUUUGAAAUGGGAAAUUAUGAACAGUGUUUAAAUUCUCUUAAUAAAUUGCUAUCCAAGCGACAGCAGGACACAAAGGUAUUUCAUAAUAUAUGUGUGACUGAAUAUUAUAUUUCUGGUUGCAAGAAAACAGAAAUAUUCAAUAAAAAUCUAAUCGAAAUUUGUAAACAAGCUCACAUAGACAUCCAAGAUAUUGAGGUUCUUGAGGAUGUUGACAAUUGUGUUAUUCUAUAUAAUCAAGCUGUUGUGUUGUAUCACCUUCACCAAUAUAAUUCAGCUAUAAAUAUUUUAGAUAAAAUCUUCCAAUAUAUAGAACCUUUGGAUGAAGUAUUAGCAAAAAAUAUAGGUUUUUUAUUUUUAGAAUUAUGCCUCUGUGUUUAUCAGCCUAAGAAAACACUAUGUCUCAUUGCAUAUAUGGAAUCAGGACUAUCUGCUGGAAGCAAAAAUUCUGGGAGACAAAAUCAGAAAGAAAGAGAUAAUCAGAAAGAGGAUAAUAGUGAUAAUUGUAUAUCAGAAACAUUAAAACGUAGAUUACAACUAUGUAAAGCUAGGUGUUAUGCCAUGAUCAAAACUUCGAAAGCAUGCAAAAGAGAAAUUAAAAACUUAAUGUCUUCAGGUUCUGUGGUGCAGAAUAUUCCUGCAUUUUAUUUGAAAAGUCAGUUGGAAUAUCAGCGUGGAAAUUAUCGUAAAGCAUUGAAGUUACUCAAUUCUGUUACUUUACCAGAAGAUAUUUCAAAAUACUUUAGAGAAACUGGAGAUUGUCUCCGAGCUAUAUUUUUUAAUAAUGUAGGUUGCAUUCAUUUUUAUAUGGGAAAACCUCAUUUAGGACAAUUUUAUAUGGACAAAGCUAUACAAGCAUUUGAUUCUGAAAUAAAACUUGUAACAGAUAACACAGAAUCCAAACUGAAUUCUCGUCCACUCCAUCUUAUGAGUAUAUCUACUCGUUACCAAUUGGUGUAUAAUUUAGGCAUGAUGUACUUGCAGGCACAAAAAUUCAAGGAAGCCUUUUCGUGUUUUAUUGAAGUUGUGCAGGCAUAUAGUUCAAAUCCACGUUUAUGGCUGCGUAUUGCAGAAUGUUGCAUUCAUAAUCAUAAACCUGAUAAUACUGAUCAGUUUAUUGAAUGUAAACAUAAAUCAUUUGUUAAAGCUCUGGUAGGUGCUGGACCACAUAGAAAAUUAAUUAUGAAUUCAGCAUCUGAUAAACUAGUGUUUGAAGAUUCAAAAUUAAAUGAUGCUUCAAAUAUAGAAACACCUUCAUUGCAUUUUGCAAUGAUCUGUUUAAAAAAUGCUUUAUUUCUUCUUCCUGAAAACCAUUCCUUAAACAAUACAGGUGAAACUUUAUCUGAUAUGCAGAAUCCUUCAGAAGAAACUGAGGCAAAUGGUUCUGAAGAAAACAAUACUUUACCUACUUUGCCCUCUAAUUUUAUUCAAGGUGCUGAGAUUUUAAGUCUUAGGAAUUCAAUUCUUAUUGCCAGUUCAUAUGUGGCCUUAUGUUUAGGAGAUGUACUUUUGGCUCAUGAAUAUGCUAAAACAUUGCUAUCUCAACCCCGAAUUUCUGGAGCUCAUAAAUUUCUUGCUCAUUUAUACGCUGGAGAGUCUCUUUUACUUAUGGAUAGAAUAACAGAAGCAGUAGAACAUCUUAAUUUUCAGUAUACUAGUGAUAUAGAGUUAGCGUUUCCUGCCAGUUCUUCUGAAAAUUCUUUAAAACAUCAAAUGAGGUUUGAUUCUAAAUUGACUGAAAAAAAUGAUGAUGGUAGCAGACCUGUUGGGAAUAUACCUAAUUGGUUUCCAAAUACUAUAUCAUCAGCAAAAUUUAUAUCACAGUAUAAUUUAGCUGUAGCUUAUGCAUUAAGGGAAGAAUGGUCAAAAGCUCUAGAAUGUCUUGUACAGAUGAAUCCUAAUGGCAGUGUACCUUCUCAAGCUCUUUCUUUGUUAAUAUAUGUUCAGUGUCAUCAAGGAAUUAUUGAUGAUACUAAAACGCAUUUAAAACGGUGCAUUUCAUCAGGAAAUGUGUAAUUUUCAUGUAGCCUUUGCAUAGGGAAAGGGCUUAUAAAAUAAAUUAUAUAAACUAA